CUACAUUGCUAGUUGACAACGGCAAAUUUAGAUCAACCUUAUACGGAGGGACACUCCGUGCCCUCUCUGUUAUAAGGAUAUGCUCCACGACCUACCGGAUAUCACCGCGGAUCAACUCACAGCCCCAGUCGAUCCAACGAUAUCGAGCCACUGUGGGAUUUGUUUGAUCCGCCCAGGGGUCGGAGUCGGAAAGACAGCCCCCCGUGGUUCGUUUUCCUUAGCUUUUUUAGUGAUAUUGCUCCGCUUUUCACUGUCAUCCGGGGCUCAUUAUCUAUUGUUAUUAUUAUGAUGGUCCUCGUUUUUCGGUUCCAGCUGUCGACAAGUCUCCUCCACUCGUCAGACAAUAGGCAUACUACUAUGUAUGUGGCGACUCUCUACCACAGUAAAACAAGCAAACAGGGCGGGGGAACUUGUGAACUAGUCACAUUGUUGAUUCAGUAUCAAGAUCUCGAUUGGCACAGGUAUAGUCUACAUUGAGAGGUAAAGGAUGUAUCACCCACUCCCAGUGGCUCCACUAUACACUUGUUGAUCUAACAUACUGGCCAGGACUGGUUAAGCGUGUUUUCCGUAAGUCUGUUAGCAAUUCCCACAACCCUAAUCGACACGCAUGGUUGUUUCCGAGCACGGCCUCCCGAAACAAUCCCUGCACGGAGGAACGAAUACCGGUACUGAUCAAAGCGGUUAUCUCCGUAUGUACUGGUAAUUAUUCGCUCCAGUCGUCCGUAUAUAGGUCGGCUCCGCGUCUCUAUCGUUUGUCAAAGCUUUGCCCACACGCCCCUAGAGGAUUUCUUUUCCGUCU